GAAAAUCAGAGUUCAGUUAACUCGUGCUGGAACCGACUAUGUCCACCUUUCUCCACGUCGUGAAAAUGUCUGUUCCGCUUUGUUCAGCCAAAUCAAUGGUGACGACGGGGAAAUCUCCACAGGUUCUUUUUCCGUUUACCGCAAUCUCAAAGAGGACAGGACCCAUGAGUUUGUCGUCCCGCCAAGGUGGUAUACCGGAGGUCCCGUUCAGGACCCCACAAGAAUUCCCUACGGUGCCGAGCUAUCAGCCUCUAGUUCCUUCGGCGCCGCCGGAGGUCCCUAGGCCCACUAAGACACCAGAAAUGGACCCAGCAGGAGAUACUCCACCUGAGUUUCCUCCUGAUCCUCCAGCACCAGAAAUAGUUCCCCAUGGCCCAGAUUUCCCAAGCCCACCAUUGAAUCCGCCCCAUGAUCCUGACAUUCCAGUCCCACCACGGCCACCUCAAGACCCUGUCAUUCCAGUCCCACCACCGCCACAGCAGCAGCCUGACCUGGUUCCUCCUCGGCCACCAGAUGUAGAUCCUCCUCCAUCCAUGCCACCAGAUGUCGUGCCACCACCGUCCAUGUCACCCGACGGCCCAACGAUUGUAUUUUAGGAAGCAAAAGUGAUGGUUCAAAAUGACUGGACUCUAUAUAAUUAAUGUUAUUAUGAAGCAUAUGUUUAUCUUCGGCCCAGACCAUUUUUCUCUCAAAAUUUGAGGCCCAAAAUUGAAUUGGGCUUUCUGUUUCAGUCCAUUUUCGAUUAAUAAAAAUCUGAAUCUUUA